AUGGAACCCAAUUACCAAAAACAGUUCACAUUCGAUUUUAAAGAGAUAAUUAUAGAUGAAAUAGCUUUAGAAGGUCUUGAAGGCAUUGGAAUAAAAUUGCUAUGGAAACGCAUAGAAAAGCGAAUUGCAUCAAAUGUGACUGAGAAGAUGAAAAUAAGAUUUUGGAAGUUCAUUGUCAAUUUCUCAAAUGUAUCAUUUUAUCAAGUACCAGAAGCAAUGCCCGACAUAGAAAUCUUAGAUCGAUUUUCAAUAGUACAUGAAGCUACAGGACAACUUCUUGAUCCUGAAGAAUAUAUAGAUGGUCCUUAUGAAUACUCUCCUGUUGAAAAUGAGUAUGGUUCAUCAGUCCACUUUAGCAAAAGGGUGUUAAUAAACACACGUAAAAUACAAGCUUUAACUUAUGAGGAUGUAGUGGCACAGUAUAAUGACCAUCUGGCAAUUGUUGCAAAUUUAGAGGAGCGUUGGAAAGCUUUAGCAUGUCAUGUUCCAAUUUCAUAUUUGUCACAACUUAGUACAGUACAUUACUGUAUAUUAGAAUUAAUUGGCAAAGCUAGAGAAAAUGGACAAAUGACAGUGGGUAAUACAAAUUUAACAAAAAUAAUGAAAGACCCGAAACAUCUGUUUUACAACAGAAAACAUUUACAAGAUUUAGGCUUAAUCAGAACACAAUGUCACACCCAAAUAGUACUUGGCAGGGGGAUGAAAAGUAUAUUACUUAGAUUGAAGAGAUUUCAUCAACCAGUUCUUCUGUCAUCACCAAAAGUUGGAAAACUACACAAUCUUAUAGAAUAUUUAAAGAAAAAACCAGAUUACUCAGAAAAGGUAGAAUUGCUGAUAAAAUCUGGGUAUUUAAACCAACAGCACAGCAAAAGACUUCAAAAGACUAUUAAUGUAUUUAAUUUUCGAGAAAAGCACCCCAAAUUAGAAGAAAUUUCCAAAAAUAAAAGACCAAAGGCAUAUGCUAAAAGGAGAUAUAUUACUUUAGAAAUAUCUAGUGAAGAUUCAGCUCACUCUGAUGAUGACACAUAUGGUACUCCAUUAGAGUGUCAGUACAAAGUUGGAGUUAGUUUACUAAGGCAGGCAUAUGAAAGAUUCUUAGAUGCAGGUCUAAAGGGACUGACCCAAAUUGAGUUGGCUCAAAUACUAGGUAUAGAAUUUUACACUAGCCGAACAAUUUGCAGGACUCUAAAGUCUAAACACAUAGUAAAAGAAUUUUUAGAGGAUAAAGGAAGACAAAGAACUGCAAGAUACAUUGCUGUUGCUGCUACAGCUGAAAUAGACAACCAAUAUGCCGAAGAAAAAAAGAAGUUGUUAGAAUUUUUGAAUUCCACAGAAGUUGAAAAGAAAGAAGAGCAAACUGAGGUGCCUCUAAAGAAAAUGAAAAUUGAAGAAAUAAAUAAAACUGAAACUGAAGUCUCUGACAAUGUGGAUAAUGAAAUUACUGAGGUUAAAAUUAUUGAUGGCUUAGAAAAUGUUACAACUGAAUCAUUGCUUAAUGCAAAGAAAAACCCAACAUUGAGACAGCUAAAAUUUGCUAAUGGGCUUUUAAAAGUUAUUCGAGAAAAACGCGCUGUUUCAGGAUAUCAAACAUUAAGCACUUACGUUUCUAAAGAAACGGGCGAACCACCUAUGGACACAAAAGCGUUGAAACUAUUUGUUCAAAAACUAGUUACGGAUGGACAAUUAAAGAUGUACAAAAUAAAAUGGCCUGGAUUCCUUCAGAAGUACACAACUCUGGUUUGUGAUCCACUAAUGAAAAGUAACGAUCCAUUUAUUAAAGCUAAAUACAAAGAGAUUAGUUUGAAAGCUCUUGCUAGCAAAAAAACAAAAGUUAAAAGAGCCUUAACGGAGAGUGUAUCACGUCCUCUAUCACAGUUCGCUUAUCCAAGAUAUAUGAAAAUACAGAAAUUGCAUGAACUCAUAAUCAGCGUAGUUUGUUUUAAUAAAGUUAAAAGCGAAAACAGUGUUUUACCAGAAGGUUUUGCUACUGUCCUUUCUAUUGUACCUGAAAUGACUGUAGGAUUUGCAGUUGGUAACAUUAGUAAUGUGGCGAUAUCUGAUAUUUCUCAUAUGAAAAUAAAUGAAAAUUUGCUAGAUGUAAAACUUAACGCCGCGCCAGUUGAGUUAUAUGAAAGGUUAUUGCAAUCAAAAAGCCUACAAAAUUCAAUAAGGUUUAAUUUAAAAGCAUUGGCCAUGAUGGGACUCAUUCAAUUGGUCUCUGAAAAUGCCCCAAUUCCUGCUUCUGAUUAUGAAGGCAAUCUUUUGAGUUACUUAUUUUAUGUGAAUCGUCAAGCCAAAAUAUUAGACACCACAGGAGUGUGGCCCAGACCAAACAUAGAUAUACAAUUACUAGAAAAGUCCUACUUUUUUGAAACAUUUGAGGACGUAACAAAGUAUUGGAAUGAUGUUUAUACAAUUAGUACUAAUACAAAUGUCGAAAUAGUGAUAAAGCGAGAUCGGAAAAAAAUUAAACCUCCUAUAAGAAAAGCAGAAGAAGUGUCAUUAUAUGAUAAUGGGGAAAGAUAUGGGGAUGGAUUGGGGCCUUGUGCUUUCGACUCCAGCUUUUUUAUGGAUAUACCUCGUUUAUGGCGCACAUUUUACAUAAGAAGCGCAAAGAUUAACCAACCGAUGAUAAGAAGGAAGAAACGGGUAAUUAAAACGAAAGUGGAAGCGGUGAAGAAACCCAAAAUGAAACCAAAAGUAAAUAAAAUAGUAUCCAAAUCCGCGAUAGAUGAACUAUCAUUUAACCGACGCAAAAAAAAGAAAGCCCCAGACUCAUCAAUAAAGUGGACAAUAUGGGAGGAUAGGAUAAUUAUGCUGUGUAAGGCAGCCAUCAAUAUAAUGAAUCCUACAUCCCAUCCAGAUGGUGUAAAAAUUAGAAAUGCGGUGGCUAGGGAGAUAUUGUACAUGCACGAUGAUAAAAAGACGUCAAGUGUUUGCCACAUAAGAGCCGCAACUUUAGAAUCUAAUUCAACAUUGAAUCAUGAAAAGGAGUGCAUAUUGAAUGAAGUAAGACGGCGUCGAAAUUUAAUUCAAAAGUAUGAAGGACUCUUUAAAAAACUAAGACAACGUCACUCUUCCAAUAUUAAAAGAUUGUUUAAGGUAUGUAGAUUGCCUAUGUUAGAAUUGAUGUGGACAAUGUGCCUUAUAUCGAGAUGUAAAACAUUUACACAGAGGGUUCCUUGUAUUGCAACGGAUCUUGAAGAUUUGUAUAAAAAUUUUAAUGUGACUCCUUUAUCAUCUGACAAAACGUACAGCAUGUACAGAACACCAGUUGCGUGUGAACCCAUCCUUGCCUCCUUAAAAGAAGGUAUUAUUAUGACCACAAUGUUGUCUUACGAGAACGCAUUAAACUCCGAUACAGCUUCAAAAAUUUAUUCAGUUUUUAAAAAUCAUCCUGAACCCAUUUUACGGACAGCAUUAGAGCAAUUGCGUAAAAGUGGUGCAAUUGCCGCAAGAGACAAAAUUUUGAACACUCAUGUGCACAGAAUACACGAGGACCUUGUCCAAUGUUCAUUUAAAAUAUCGGCAUUUUACCAACGUCGGUGGCAUUGUAGACUCAAUUCGGAAUUUGGGGACUGCUUAGGCGAGAGCUUAGAAAUAGAAAUUCCUGUAAAUGGUGUUAAAGGUUUCCCAGAAAUUAACUGCAUAUUUUGUGAGCUGCUUACUUGUGAAAUUAUAGAUAUCAUAUCAAUCACAACUCCAGUGAUAUCAGGUUAUUCAGGCUCUAUAAUGCAAGAGGAACAACUUAACGUGAUUGAUAUAGAAAAUAAAUACUCCCUUAAAUCGGGAUUAACAGGCUGUAAAAGUAAGCUUGAUAUUAAAAAGUUCUCAGAAUUGUAUGAGAACAUUGAUUUGGAUGAGUGUAUAAAACACAUCUCUAGUUGCAAAGUAGUUGACGAGACUGAGAAUGUGGAGCUUAUUCAGGAUGAAAUAGUCACCCAUUUAAAGGAAAAGGGUGAAAAAGGUUGCACUCUACAGGAACUAAAGGCACACCUCUCCUGGGAACCAAAAUUGUUGUUGGAAAGAUUGUCAGAAUUAGAAUUAAGGAAUAUUAUCAAACGGGUUGGGUAUUACGAAAAUCGUAUCAUUCUCACAGAGUUCUUCAGAUCCUGGUCCCUAAAUAUGGAAGACAAGAAUUUCAUACCAGUGCCUUGGUUAACUUUAGAAUUUGAUGUAAGAUUCGAUGUAUUUUUUAAAUGGGCGGGCAUGAUUGUAAACAAAGUGUUUGAAUGUCCCGGUAGCUCCAUCGCUUUACUAUCAGACAACUGCGAAGUGCUGUCUUAUAGAGCUGUUCAAGACAUUUGCAUGUGCCUAGCAAAAUUUGAAUGCAUAAAACUGAAUUGUAUUGAAACAAUAGAACAAGAUUUAUUCUCAGCUAACUUGCCACCUCAAGAAUUAACUGAAUUCAACUGUUAUGAAUCACCAGAUAAUAUUUUAGUAUUUCCUGUGAGAAAUAUUUUCACUAAAUAUGCAUAUAUAAGAAAAAAGAUUUUAGAUAAGGUGUCUGACGCAAACAUGUAA